AGUAUAUCUUAUCUUAUAAACGUUAACGUCUAUAAGGAUCUGAAAAGUGUAAUUAUAAUGACUUGUAACUAACAGCAGAAAUGUUGUAAACACACUUAUUUUUCCUCCUCAAGCAUAAUUAGCUUAUUCUAUCAUAUUUUACUUGCAUCUUGCGGCUUAUCUGAUUUAGUUUUGCACUGGACUGUAAUUAUUCGUAAGGUUUUAUCGCUUGACUGAAUGGCAAUUUCUGUUUUUAUCUUGUUUCUUUUGAUUAGUUAUAUUCAAAGUGGAACAUUCACCCUACACCUCUAUCUACCAAUAUAUAUUUCGAUACAAAACACAUAUUUGAUAACAUACUUCUUAUAUACAGAGUUAAUUGAUUUAGGUUAACCGCUAUGGUCUCACAUGUCUUCCGUGGGAGGUAUGAGCUUGUCCAAUUGCUGUCCAAUCAGCGCUUGAGAUGCCGUUGUUGACAGGGUUAUUCAAACGCUGAUUGGCUAAAAGCUGAAAACGGUCAACUGGUUCCGCCUUUUCCCGGAAGCUGAGAGUCAUCUGAUUUUCUUUUUUUCUGUUUCCUUGUUAGCCAGUGUCUGCACUAGCCAACAAAACAACCGUCCCACUUAGUUUCCCUGUCUGUUUCUUCUUUCUUUUCUGUCUUUAGGAGCUGAACUAAGUUCUAGCUUCUUCCAGAAUCAUGGACGAGACGAGUCCGCUUGUCUCUCCGCUCCGGGACUCCGGUGAUUUCAGCUACUGCCCCACAGAGCCCACAAGCCCCCGGGGCGCAUUUGGAGGUACGCCGGGGUCUGUGGUUCGUAUCCCGGCUGGCAGUCCGGGACGUAGUCGGGAGAGACAGCCGCUGCUUGACCGGGACCGUGGGGGCUCUCCGCGGGAGCCGCACAGGAACGAGUUCCCGGAGGAUCCCGAGUUUAGAGAAAUCAUCCGAAAGGCCGAGCGAGCUAUAGAGGAGGAGAUCUACCCGGAGAGGAUCUACCAGGGGUCCAGUGGAAGCUAUUUUGUCAAAGACUCACAAGGGAAGAUCAUUGGGGUAUUUAAACCUAAGAAUGAAGAACCUUAUGGCCAGCUGAACCCCAAAUGGACCAAGUGGCUCCAGAAACUCUGCUGUCCUUGCUGUUUUGGUCGUGACUGUUUGGUCCUGAACCAGGGUUACCUCUCAGAGGCCGGGGCCAGCCUGGUCGACCAGAAACUGGAACUCAACAUUGUUCCUAGGACCAAGGUGGUGUACUUGGCUAGUGAAACUUUCAACUAUAGUGCCAUAGAUAGGGUCAAAUCUCGAGGAAAAAAGUUAGCUCUGGAGAAGGUGCCCAAAGUUGGCCAACGCUUCCACAGGAUUGGACUGCCACCCAAGGUUGGAUCCUUCCAGCUCUUUGUUGAUGGGUACAAAGAUGCUGAUUUCUGGCUGCGGAGAUUUGAGGCUGAGCCUUUGCCUGAGAACACCAACCGUCAGCUCCAGCUGCAGUUUGAGCGGCUCGUAGUUCUCGAUUACAUCAUCAGGAACACAGACAGGGGAAAUGACAACUGGCUGCUCAAGUACGACUGCCCUAUGGAUCCUGUUGGGAACAGGGACACAGACUGGGUGGUAGUAAAGGAUCCCAUCAUCAAACUGGCAGCAAUAGACAAUGGUCUCGCCUUCCCCCUCAAACAUCCUGACUCUUGGAGAGCAUACCCCUUCUAUUGGGCAUGGCUUUCCCAGGCCAAAGUCCCCUUCUCCCAGGAAAUCAGAGAGCUGGUCCUGCCCAAACUCUCCGAUCCAAAUUUCAUCAAAGACCUAGAAGAGGACCUCUAUGAAUUAUUUAAGAAAGACCCUGGUUUUGACAGAGGUCAGUUUCACAAACAAGUAGCUGUAAUGAGGGGGCAGAUUUUGAACCUGUGCCAAGCCUUAAAGGAUGGUAAAACACCCCUCCAGCUCGUCCAGAUGCCCCCAGUUAUCGUUGAAACAGCCAGAGCACCUCAGAGAGCCAACAGUGAGUCUUAUACACAGAGUUUCCAGAGCAGAAGACCCUUCUUCACCUGGUGGUAGGGAAGGAACAACAGCAGGAAGGCAGAACGAAGAAUGAAGUAAAGUGUCCAUGUUAAUGAGAGGACUCGGAGUCUAAGAGUGCAGGGGUUUUUUUCCUCAAAAUGGAACUCAUAAUCCCCUCUUCUUCUUAUGGAUACUUUAGUUGCUCUCAGUAAGUACGUGAGUGGAAAGACAAGGCCAAAAGAGGAAGAGUUUCACAACAUAUCUUCCCUGUUUGCCUCUGUGCCUUUUCUGGAUGUCUUUGAAGAAUUCACACCUAAGAGAUGAAGAGUUUGUUUUCUUUCUUCAGUGGGACAGAACAUCUGAAAGUCAGAAACACUGACAUUUCUUUUGAAGUCCUGGGGGCACAUACUGUUUGUUUGCGCAUAUGCACGCCAGUUAAAAACCUCUCAUACAUUGUAUGUGACGGGAGGUGUUGCAUUCCAUGUUUUCUGUUUUUUUGUCAUACCUCUCUGCCUUCUAAUAUUCACUUGCCUCCUUGUUCACAUACAGUUAAAAACCCCGGGCUGGUGAAAGCAUUGACGCCACUAACAAAGAUUACAGUUUCAUUUUUUUUUUUAACAAAUUAAGAGAAGUGGUUAAAUUUGAAGAUUUAGGAACUGGGCACUGAAUGGUGUAUCUUCACACUGUGAACAUAAACUGUGUGAACUGGUUUCACAGUUGCUUGUUGCUCCUCCUAAUUGUUGUGAUGCAAGUCAUCUGGGUGGUUUGAUGUUGGAAAGCAGAGGCACUUUUUAUUAAACCAAUGUUUUUUCAUCCACUGACUAACAUAUGUCAUUGGUGAAACAAAGAUUGCACCUGUACGUAGACAGAGGUGUGUUGGUGGUUUCCCAGUCCACUAGCUCCUGCUUGUCUUGGCCAUGUUAAUUUUUUGUUCAUUUUGUAGGGUGGAUAUAAGUAAACAAAGUAACUUCCUGCUGUACUGAACUGACAUUAAUUGUAUUGUGACAAUGCACUGUAUAAUUUGUAUGUAAUAUUUAAUGAUAGAUUAUAAUUAAAACAUAUUACAUUAAUACAGAUGACACUUGUAUUUGUGAAUAAAAUAUAUUUCUAUAAUCACUCUACACAAAGAUUAAGCCAGAUAUUCAGAGAUGUAAUGCAUCUUCAGCAUGAUCACUUAAUGCUGAGGGAUUUUCAGGACAUUCAGUGCAAAUGACAUAUUUUUAUGUAGUUGUGCUUUAAAUGUUCAGUCUGAUAUUUAGUGAUAUAGUGGUGAAGUUCCUCCUACAUUGUCCCCUAUGACC